UUUGACAGCGAGAGUGUGUAGUUGAACCGAAGCUCCUCUGUUCUCUGACGCUUCCGUAGGGUUUAUCCAAGCCAUAAAGCUUCGAUCUUUCCCUACCCCCUGCAUUCCAUUUCCCUGCAAUUUUCCUUGCGUUUUCCUUUCCUUCGUUCGGGUUCAGCAGCAAGCUCAUCAUGUGGGCUCUUCGCCGUGCUUCUCAUCCUCUCAAGAACCACAGAUUUAGCAUUUCAAUAUUGCGAGUUCACUCCCCUAAACCCGAUUGGAGUUGUUUUGGAGAUAAUGCUGGCAUUGUCGAGUCCUGUCAAGCAACAUCUGGUAGAUAUCCAUCUCUGGAGAGAUCUUACUGUUCAACAAGCCUCACUCACCGAUUGUCUAUGGGGAGCCGUCUUCUCUCUUCACAACCUGGUGCUGAGAGCAGCGGAGAAGAAGAAGAAGAUGCAUUUUCUGAACUCGAAGAGCCUGUCAGUACCAAGGCUGUUCAGAAGGUUGAUUCAGCAGACGAAAGUGAGGAUGAAUUAGUUUCUGAGCCAGAGCUCUCUGCUGACGAGGAUGCAGAAAAAGCCUCUCAGAAUGAGUUCGAUUUGCCAGAGAAUGAAAUGGAGUCAACUAAGAAAAAAUCACGAAAAAGAGCUACAUCGAAACUGUUUGAGGCCAUCAACAGUGCUUCUGGCCUCUCUGUGCAUCAAAUCCUUGACAAGUGGGUAGAAGAUGGAAAGGAAAUUAACAGGGAAGAGAUCUCAUUGGCCAUGUUCAAUUUUCGUAAACGUCGAAUAUAUGGGAAGGCUCUGCUGCUUUCAGAGUGGUUGGACAGUAGCAAGAGAUUGGACCCUACAGAGGGAGAUUAUGCAUCUCGACUUGAUUUGAUUGCUAAGGUACGUGGACUCCCUAAGGCUGAGAGCUUCUUUAAUAAGAUUCCUGAAUCCUUCAGAGGGGAACUAGUCCAUCGGUCCUUGUUGGCCAACUAUGUUACUGCCAGCAAUGUCACGAAGGCAGAGGAAACUUUUAACAAAAUGAGGGAUCGAGGAUUCUCCCCUCAAUCAUUUUCCUUCAACCAACUGCUUCUCCUUUACAAGAGGCUUGACAAGAAGAAAAUUGCUGAUGUCUUGUUGUUGAUGGAGAAAGAAAAUGUCAAGCCGACAAUGCUUACGUACAGACUUCUGAUAGACACCAAAGGCCAGUCAAAUGACAUUACAGGGAUGGAAAAAAUUGUGGAUGCUAUGAAAGCUGAAGGGAUCAAACCCGACAUCGGCACACAAGCUCUCCUGGCGAAGCACUAUGCAUCCAGCGGAUUGAUAGAAAAGGCAAAGGCUGUCUUGAAGGAGAUGGAAGGUGGAGACCUUAAAAAGCACUGGUGGGCUUGUCAGUCUUUGCUUCCGCUAUAUGCUGACAUAGGAGAGGCCGAUGAAGUAGAGAGAGUUUGGAAGGUCUGUGAACCAAAUCCACGGCUUGAAGAGUGCAUUGCUGCUAUUGAAGCCUGGGGAAAGUUGAAGAAAAUCCCGGAAGCUGAGGCAAUUUUUGAAAGGAUGUCGAAAACAUGGAAAGUGUCAUCAAAGCAUUACACGGUACUUUUGAAGGUGUAUGCGAGCAACAAGAUGCUGGCCAAGGGGAAGGAUCUAGUCAAGAGAAUGGCAGAUAGUGGAUGUCGCAUCGGUCCAUUUACCUGGGAUUCGAUUGUGAAGCUUUAUGUGGAAGCAGGUGAAGUGGAGAAGGCCGAUUCAGUCUUGACGAAGGCAUCACAACAGAAUCAGAUGAAGCCAAUGUUCAGCUCUUACAUGUCUCUCUUGGAUCAUUAUGCCAAAAGGGGUGAUGUCCAUAAUACCGAAAAGAUCCUCUACCGGAUGAGACAGUCUGGGUACACGUCUCGCAUUCGGCAAUACCAGUGUCUCCUCAACGCUUAUGCAAAAGGAAAAGUCCCAGCUUAUGGAAUUAGAGAGAGGUUGAAGGUGGAAGGCAUAACUCCAACUAGAAGCAUGGAGUCUCAGCUGGCCCAAAUCGAUCCAUUCAGGAAGACUCUGGUGUCGGAUUUGCUCGACUGAGGGUUGGGUUGCUCUUUAUAUAGUCUCUUUGCAUUAUGCUUUGUAGGACUUCCAAGUGCUCAAUACUGGUGUUCACGUUAGGAAACUGUAGUUGUAAAGUUACGAUGAAACAACAUGCGGGUUGUCGAGGCACGGCUACUGCAAUAGUGUUUCUUUUCAUGAGCCUGAUGAUGCCGAUAUGGCUUUGGACGACUGUAAGACGGAAAUGUCCGUAUUUCCCGCUUUGCGUGAGAUCGCAUCAAGCAGGGUCUGCAUAUACUUAUAUUUUGUGCCUCUGUAAGUCGGUAUUGUUUUCUUUUUACUAUGGAGCCUUUUGCUUGCA